AUGGCUGCUAAACAUAAAUCCGAAGAAUUUAUACGUGAUUCAGAUAUAGAGUCAGAUUCAGAAUCAAAUAAUUCAACACCUUCAUUUCAACCACCUAAAAAUUUCAAUAUUUUCAAACCAAAUGAUAAAAUUAAAUCAUCAAAUUUUAAAAAUAAACAGAUAUUUUUAAUUAAAGCUCCUAAAAAUUUUAAAAUUAAGAAAUUAAAAUCAUUACCAAUUCAUGAUAAAGAUACUAGUUUUAAAUUUAAUGAUAUAAAUUAUAGAAUAGAUGAAGAUUCAAGUAAUGGAUCAUCUAAACAUUCAAUUUUUUUACCAAAUAAUGACAACUUCAAACCUGUAAAUUCAAAAAUUUCAAAAUUUUAUUCAAUUUCUGAGUGUGUUGAAAUUCCAGAUAUAGAUUUAAAUAAAGUUGUAAUACCUAGAAGUGAUAUUGAAAAAAUUAAAAACUUAAGAAUGAGACAUUUUCCAACUGGAUAUGGAGCAAAUGAUUAUAAAAGAGAAGCAGAAGAUGAUGAUGAAGAAGAAGGUGAAGUUGAUGUUGAAAAUGGGAAAGUAUUGAAAAAAAGUAAAAUAUCAAAUUCUGAAUCAAAAGAUGUAAGUGAAAAGAAAUCAAAGAAAGAUAAAAAGGAUAAGAAAGACAAGAAAGAUAAAAAGGACAAAAAGGAUAAAAAACAUAAGAAACUGGAUAAAUAG